UCAAAAAUCUCGAAUCAGCAAGUAAUUGACAGCAGUAGAUCAUGGUUUGGAACGUUAAGGAUAUUGAUUUAGAUCCUAUCGAUUCUACAAAGCCUAAGGCUACCAAGAAGGGAAAGAAGAAGCAACCUCAACUUUCAGCCGAUGAAGAAGCAUGGAACAAGUUGUCGCUAGGAGUACCACCUCCACUACCGGAGACACUUGACCCGUCUGCUGAAGGGUCAAAGAAGAGAAAGAGGACAAAGCCCAACAUUGAGGACGUACAGGCAUUUGCAUGGUCCGAAGUGCAGAAUCCUUCGUCACUUCUAUUGACUUCUGACGACGCUGGCGGUUUUGUGUGCUUGGAAGAACUAUCGGACGUUGACGUUGAAUACGAAGGCGAUGAAGCUACUGGCCAAAUCAUCAAAUUCAAGAAAGUUACGCCAAAAAAGAAAUCAAAAGCAAACAAAUCUGAUAAAAAGCUCGGCCCAGCCAAUCCUGAAAAACCGCUGUCGAUUGAGGAGACAAAGGCAUUCUAUGAUCUGGAUACUUUCGACGAAAAUUUAGCCACUAAGCAGAACGCUGAGGAGCAGAAUGCUGAGGAGCAAACGGAAGGCGAUCAAGAUAUAGAAAUGCAGGACAACAGUGAAAUUGACGGCCAAAUCGAGGAGAAUGUGGAGUCAGUAUCAGCCGACGUCGAAGAACCGUCAGAGCAACCUGAAGUUAAACUAAGUGCAAAAGAGAGGAAGAAGAAAGAAAAGCUGGAAAAAGCAAAAGAAAAGCGCAAGGCCGCCAAAGAAGCCGCAAAAGAGAAGAAGCAAACCGAGCAGACAGCAGAUGAGCAGGAAGGCGAUGAGGAAGUUAAAUCUAACAGAAUUUCAGUUACUGAAGUAGAUCAAGACUUUGACACUUCCAAGUGGGACCAGUUCAAACUGCAUGAAGAUAUCAUUAAUGGCCUAAAGUAUCAUAAGUUUGGCAGCCCCACUCCUAUUCAAGAGAAGACGCUACCUUUAGCAAAUGAAGGUCGAGAUAUUAUCGGAGCAGCUGAGACUGGUUCUGGUAAAACACUGGCAUUUGGUAUACCCAUUGCCCAGUAUAUUGCUAGCUUAGAAAACGAAGACGACAAACAUAAGCUUGCGGCACUAAUCCUUACGCCUACUCGUGAAUUGGCUAUUCAAGUUAAAAAUCACAUACAAAACAUCACCUGCUUCAUGGAUAUCAGAACUAUUGCUGUGGUAGGAGGAAUGUCUGCUCAAAAGCAAAUACGCCAAUUGAAGCAGAAGCCAAACAUCAUUGUUGCCACACCUGGUCGUUUGUGGGAACUGUUCUCUGAGACUGAUGAGCAUCUCAAUAGUUUGAAGCAAAUCAAGUUUUUGGUUCUGGAUGAGGCUGAUCGUAUGAUUGAAGGCGGCCAUUUCCAAGAACUUGACGAAAUCUUGAAGGUCGUUCAACAGGAUAGAAAGGAAAACGUACCUCAGGCUGAGGAUGAAGCUGAAAAUGAAACGGAAGCUGAAGCUGAAGUUGAGAGCAACAUACCCAAGCUACAAACCCUAGUGUUCACCGCCACUCUUAGUACCUCUUUGAGAUUCGAUGUCAAGAAGCGCAAAGGAGGCAAGAAGUCAAAAGGAAAGGCAAGCGAAGGCACCAUGGAGGAUUUGAUCGAGCGCCUGGAACUGAAAAACAAAGAUCCAGCAAUCGUUGAUAUUACAACCUCUACUGCUGUGGCUUCCAAACUGGUUGAAGCUAAAAUCGACUGUCUGAAUACCGAGAAAGACGUCUUCCUGUACUAUUUUGUCACAAGAUAUCCCGGGCGAACCAUUGUGUUUGUCAACAGUAUCGACUCCAUUCGCCGACUUGUACCUGUGUCAAAGUUACUCGGAAUGGAAGUCAUUGGUUUGCACGCGCAAAUGCAGCAGAAGCAGCGAUUGAAGAAUUUGGAUAGAUUUAAGGCUAAUAACAAGGCAAUUCUGGUGGCAUCUGAUGUUGCCGCCCGUGGUUUGGAUAUUCCUCUAGUUGAGCAUGUUAUUCACUAUCAAAUUCCUCGAUCUGGAGAAAUCUAUGUUCAUCGUAGUGGAAGAACGGCUCGUGCAAAUCAAGAUGGUGUCAGUUUGAUGCUCUGCAGUCCUGAAGAACUUUCGCUUUAUAAGAAGUUGGUUCUAAAGUUACGAAAAGGUGAACCAUAUCCUGAUUUUCCGGUAGAUUACAGUAUCCAGCGUGAGAUGAAAAAGCGUGUGGAGCUUGCCACCAAGAUAGACAAACAGGAGCAUCGACUUCAGAAGAUCAGUCACGACGACGAUUGGAUGAAGCGUAUGGCAAAUGAGCUGGACAUAGAGUAUGAUGAGGAUGAGCACAGCAUAAAAAAGCAAAAGCGAAAGCAUGCCGAGGAUGACGACGAAGAGGAGAAGACUAAGCAGAGGAUCAGAGGAUGGAAAGCUGAAUUGAAGCAUAUGUGUGCUCAACCACUUCUUCCUCAUGGUGCAUCCAUGAAGUAUAUCACUGGAUCUACUAUGCAAGACCUAGUCCAGAGACUUUUGAACGAAGACAGAAAUGAAAAAUUGCCUGGGUCUGCUACUAGUAAGGCCGUCGACGAUGUCAAAUCGAAAGCCAAGAACAACAAAAAGGGCCAGACGGCAUGAGCGUACAGUCACAACAAACACAUCACUACUCGAAAUUAGAGCACAUAUAUCAUCAUCAAUCAUAAUAAUAAAUAGAAAUUUCUCUUUUCCUUUCCUCAAGGAAUAUGAAAAUGCUCUGGUGAAAGCACUACCUUGCAUAAGAAGAAUCUGUUAGUUCCCAUCAGGUGUUCUUAGAAAUAAAUGACUACAAAUGAGCAGA